AAUAAAUCCAUUCUACAGAGAACUAAGGCAUAAUAGAUUAGCAUAGGUGGCUCCCAAUUUUAUGUUACUAUACAAAGAGAUGACAAACUGCUGAGGUAAUUGAAAAGCCUUGGUACUAGUUAGGGAUUUCUCUUUGGAACUUUAGGAAGGACAGACACUUUGAGGAGUAGUGGAAUGCUGGAACUAUACAUUUAAGAAGGGAUCGACAGUCAGAUACCAAGAAUACUGAGCAGAUAAAGAUGGAAAUUGAUAACCCAGGUUAUGAAGAUGUGUCUCCAGGUUCAGCCAAUCAAGAAGAUGCCAAUGGUUUGACACACAGACAUCCAGCUCGUCUGCCGUCCACCAGCUCACAACUUGGACUGGCCACAAGUGACCAGCUGGCCGCUGCAGGGGAUGGUCCAGAAAAAGUUGAACUGAAGAAAACCAUGGGUUUGGUCAGUGGGAUAGCACUUAUUGUAGGGACCAUGAUUGGUUCAGGGAUAUUCAUCUCACCAGGGGGCGUUAUAAGCAGCACAGGUUCUAUUGGUCUGGCACUGGUAGUGUGGGCAGGGUGCGGUAUACUGGCUAUUCUAGGUUCCUUGUGCUAUGCUGAGCUAGGGACGGCACUAACAAAAUCAGGCGGAGAAUAUGCAUACCUUUACGAAGCUUUCGGACCUAUCCCAGCAUACCUCUUUGCAUGGCUGUCAGUGGCAGUGAUAAAAACCUCCUCACUCUCUAUCAUUAUGUUAGCAUUUGGACAAUACUUAUCUGUCGUUAUAUACGAUGGCUGUGGUCCGCCUUCUUCAAUUCCCAAAAUGAUUGCAGCAGCUGCUAUUUUGGUUAUAAUGGGCAUCAACUGUUACUCAGUUAAGCUGGCGACAAGGGUUCAGAACUUCUUUGCUUUUGCAAAACUGGCUGCGAUUGGACUGAUUAUUGUUGGCGGAAUAGUUAAACUUAUACAAGGUAAUAUCCAACACCUUGGCAAUGGUUUUGAAGGCACCUCUAAUAAUGUGGCUGGAAUAGCACUGGCAUUCUAUGAUGGGCUGUGGGCUUAUGACGGCUGGAACAACUUGAAUUAUGCUACAGAAGAGUUGCAGAACCCGACAGUAAAUCUUCCUCGUGCCAUUCUGAUUGGCUUGCCGCUGGUUAUGAUAUGCUAUAUCCUUGUUAAUAUUUCCUACUUGAGCGUCAUGUCUGCUGCAGAAAUUAUUGCAUCACCUGCUGUAGCUGUUACAUGGGCAGAUAGAGUGAUAGGCCCAGCAGCCAUUAUUAUUCCUAUCUCUGUUGCAAUGUCCACAUUUGGUGCUGCUAAUGGCACAGCCUUCACAGGGGGCAGGCUUUGUUUUGUGGCAGCCAGAGAAGGCCACCUUAUGAGUAUUCUGUCCAUGGUUCAUGUCAAGAAGUACACACCUCUCCCGUCCAUGAUCUUUACUGCCUGCAUUGCCAUUCUGAUGAUCAUUCCAGGAGAUAUAUCUGCUCUGAUCGAUUUCUUUAGUUUUACUGCCUGGUUGUUUUAUGGAGCGACAUUUGCUGCUCUUCUUGUCCUACGAUUCAGACAGCCUGACCUGCCAAGGCCAUACAAGGUUCCAAUAGUGAUACCAAUUUUCAUGCUGCUUGCUUCCCUGUACCUAGUCAUAGCUCCCAUUGUGGACUCCCCUAAACUGGAGUACCUGUACGCAACCUUGUUUAUUUUGGCUGGACUUAUCUUUUAUGUGCCUUUCAUCCACUUUAAAAUACACCCAAAGUUCAUUGAUAAAAUCACAACAGCUCUUCAGUUGUUAAUGGAAGUAUCACCAACAGAGUAUGAACCAGACAGUUAGACACUAGAAGAUGGCGGAUCUAGAGCAUUUUAUUGAAAAAAAGGUUUCUGAUGACAAUCAGACUGGUAUAUGAAUAUAAACAGUUUGAAAGAAAUCAAGAUGUCAUUAAUGAACAUAAAUUUAAGGAACAAGGACUUAAAGAAAAUGAUGUUAAAGCAUCUUCAAGCUUCACCUGAGUAAAAUACCAGCUGAGCUGCUUAUACAGAGACAAUUAAACAAACAUUUUUAAACGCACAUAUGUAAAUGGUGAUUCGCAGAUCAGUGCAAAUUUAGGGGGGGGUCAGGGGGGUCCCAAUCCCACUUUGAUUUCUGAUUAAAAUAUCAUACAAAUGGUCCCCUAUUGAAAUUAGAAUUUUGACUAGCUGUAAAUCAUAGUUCUAAACCGUACCAAAUGGCACUGUUCACCCUCUAAAAUACCACAUUUUGGGGGGCCUCAUGCCCGGAGUGGGGG